AUGGAAGAUGCACAGUCGUCCUUUGCGCUGGCAUCGCAGCUGGAGAGUAAAGGUCAAGUAAAGGACGCUUACAUGACCUAUCUCUCCACCGUGCAACGAUCGCUGCAAUCACUGUAUGAUGUUCGAUUUGUUCAUUCCUCCAUUAUAUCCAAACCUCAACAAUACAAUGCGCUAUUGUCCACUAUGCGCAACUGCUUAACCCACAUUGAAACUAUUAUCGAACAGCAUUCCCCCGCUUCCCCCACGCCACCUCGACGAGUCAAACCCGUGAGUCCACAUCACACCGGUGAUUCGGCUUCCAAACCACCUUUGCCACCCAAACCUUCUCGCAUUCAGAAACCCAGCAUUCCUCCUAAACCCACUCGCACUGCACCCUCCCGACCAACAUCCCCAACUCAUUCUCCCGUCAAGCUAUGCGAUGACCAUUUUGUUUCACUUCCACCGAAGCCCAGUCACAGCCACGUUGCAACCGAAUCCCCAAGUCGACCUUACAGUGUCCCUUCCAGAAACGACGUGAAACUGACCCCUACUUCUCGUCCUUAUACCGAUAUAUCUUUUGCUCAAUCCAACAACCGUGACGAUAGUAACGUCGCUAUCCACGUCAUUGCCGAAGGCGAGGUUGAUCCUACGCACUUGGUACCGGCGCAAACCAACGCUGGCGAUAGCUUGAGCCCGCCCGGUGGUACUUUCCAGGGUGCCGAUCACGUUCCUCUCAUUCCGUCGCCGCCGUUGCUCACGAGUCACCGGCUUUUGCAGUCCAAACUCGAUGAAUUGGAAUCCCAACUGAAAGAGUGCCGUUGUCGAAAACAACAAUUAACCGCCUCCGAUAACGGCACGCCCGCCAACCUCGACGCUGUAUCCAAAGAUGACCUGAACCAAAUGAUUUUGCAUUACACCAAACUGAUUGCAGACUUAAAGCAGACCUUGAACCGGGUACGAACGCUUUACAUGAGUGCGGCCACCAUUCCCACCGUUCUUCAAUUCCAAGCUCACAUCAUUGCAUACCAAAUCACCUUGAUCGAAUCCGCCAUUUUCAACGCUAUAUCCCCCCACGCAUUACUGGAACACUCGGCCAAGCACCCGCAUCCACGCAUUGUCGCGUCCACCGACUUUUUCAACUACGUUACCCGAUUCAUUGAGCAUUCCAUCUUACUGCCGCAAGACGCCUCCUCUCGAGCUCAGCAUAUCCAUUACUGGAUCAAAGUGGCGUCCCGAUGUCUUGAUCUAAACAACUAUCAAACUCUCAAAGCCAUUGUCUCCGCCCUUGGUACUCCGCCGUUACAACGUUUACGCCGUACAUGGGCCUAUAUCCCAAAAAAGAGUUUAUUGAAACUUGAGGCUUUGAAUGACUUGAUGUCAGAAUCCAACAACUAUGGUCAAUAUCGGGAACAUAUGGGCAUGGUGAGUGCUGUCGCCUUGAUCAAUGGCAAGAGUUCUGCCACCGUUCGCGCCGAGCACUAUGCCAAACCGACCGUUCCGUUUCUGGGCACCUUUAUUCAUGACAUUACCUAUUUGCUGGCCAUUUAUAAAUCAUCUGAUCAUGCGCAUUCUGCAGGACCAGAAGAUGAACGCGGGAUCAGUGAAAUACUAACGGCCAUUGAACGGUUCCAGAAAGGGCCCCGGUAUGCUUCGGUGCCUCCUACCAGUUACCUCAAAGCGUCUCAGAAACAUUAUUUCCGACCUGCCCUUUCCAAUGCAUUACAUCGCGGCGCUUCAGGGAUUGGUCGUAUCAGUAGUGGUGGACUAUUCGGUUUCGGAAGUCGAGACAGCAGCGGGUCGAGUAUCGAUACGGCGAGCGAAAAUAGAGAUGAUGAUGAGAAUGAAAAUUUGGAAGAACAGCAACAAAUGGCCACGCAGUAUAUCUUGAUGCGGUCAUGGGUGAGUCAAGCCACCGUGGAUGAACUCAGCGCGGUUCGAGAACCUCCACGAGCGAAAUCUACCUCAGCCGCAGGCACACGCAGCAGUGCCGGUACCAGUAACGGUCAUCAUACCAGUUCUAUUAUGAGCAACACAAGUUCGAUGGUGCGAUUUAGUGCCGGUACUGCUUCCUUGGGAACCAGCAGUACAGCCGAUGGCAGUAAUGGCGACAGUCGACCGACUAGUAUGGAAGACAAUCCAGGUUCAGCCAACGACGAGACCGACAGUCAUUCAAAAUCAACCCCCGCACAAUCGGUGACAAGUCCUACCAGUAGUUUUUGGCCUUUCCGACGCAGUAUGGACACUCAGCGUCCCUCGACAAUGCAUGAAAGUCCAUCUGAAGGGCCUGGAAAGUCGACGAGUGAUCCAAAUAUAGCCAAACGAAGUACAUGGGGAUCGACGCACGAACCUAAUACUCACACACCUGCACCGACCAUUCCGCCUAGACCCCCUAGACCGCAGCCGAUGGAUCGUUCCCGUUUUCAACAACGUCCACAGGCACACGAAAACGAUUUCAAGGCAGACUUGGCACAAAGAUUAGCUAAAGUUGCAACUCAGAAUAACACCACCUGA